CGGCCAGCAGAUUAACUCGAAGAAUCUCCCCAAUAAUGAGAUCGAACGAGUUGGAGUUGGAGAGCAAGUAGGGUAUAUCGUCUCUCCACAUCGAUCCGGCUGAAAGCGAGGCAAAACACCAUCGAUCUCGCCGCAAAAGAUACAAGUGCAGCUCCAGCUUUCCCCCACACUCAAAAGAAUACACCACGUACGUUGAUUAACCCACUCACAAUUCCCGUAGGCGCAUAGGCUAGCCAUAGCUCUCGCCUUGUACGUACGUACACAGCUAGCUAGCGCAUGCUGCUCGCCGGCCAUUAAAAUCCCUCUCGGGGUGCCGCCGUGAGCUAACCCUCAUGUUGCCUCCUCGCCGUAGCUUCCAUGGAUACGCUGUUUAGGUUGGUUAGCCUCCAAGCCUCCGAGCAGCAGCAGCAGCAGCAGCCGCAGCAGUCGGCGUCGUACAACUCCAGGAGCACCACCUCCAGCGGCGGCUCCAGGUCGUCGUCGCACCAGACCAACGCCUCCUACAACUACUACCACCACCACCACAGCAGCAGCAGCAGCGGCGGCGGCGGCGGCGGUGGGCAGUACUACUAUAGCCAGCAGCAGCCGCAGCAGUCGUACUACCUGGAGCCGUACCAAGAAGAAUGCGGCGGCAACGCCCAGCACCACCACCACCACCUUUACAUGGAUGAGGACUUCUCGUCGUCGUCUUCGUCGCGGCACUUCCACUCGCACGGUGGAGCGGGGCAGCCGCCGACCUCGUCCGCCACGCCGACGGCGCCAACGCCGCCGCUGUCUACCUCGUCGACGGCGGCCGGGGCGGGGCACGCGCUGUUCGAGGCGGCCGACCUGUCUUUCCCGCCGGACCUCAACCUCGACUUCUCGUCCCCGGCGUCCUCGCCCGGCGGCGGGGGCACAGCGUCGUCCGCGGCGGUGGGUGGAGGAGGCGGCGGGAGGUGGGCCAGCCAGCUGCUCCUGGAGUGCGCGCGCGCGGUGGCGACGCGCGAGAGCCAGCGCGUGCAGCAGCUGAUGUGGAUGCUCAACGAGCUGGCCUCGCCGUACGGGGACGUGGAGCAGAAGCUGGCGUCCUACUUCCUGCAGGGCCUCUUCGCGCGCCUCACGGCGUCCGGUCCCCGGACGCUGCGCACGCUCGCGGCGGCCACCGACCGGAACACCUCCUUCGAUUCCACCCGCCGCACGGCCCUGCGGUUCCAGGAGCUCAGCCCGUGGUCGUCGUUCGGGCACGUGGCCGCCAACGGAGCCAUACUGGAGUCCUUCCUGGAGGCCGCGGCGGCGUCGUCGGAGCCGCAGAGGUUUCACAUCCUCGACCUCAGUAACACCUUCUGCACGCAGUGGCCGACGCUGCUCGAGGCGCUCGCCACGCGCUCCCCCGAUGACACGCCGCACCUGUCGAUCACCACCGUCGUGUCGGCCGCUCCGUCCGCGCCGACGUCCGCCGUCCAGCGCGUCAUGCGGGAGAUCGGGCAGCGCAUGGAGAAGUUCGCGCGGCUGAUGGGUGUCCCCUUCCGUUUCCGCGCCGUGCACCACUCUGGCGACCUCGCGGAGCUCGACCUCGACGCGCUCGACCUGACCGAGGGUGGCGCCACCACCGGGAUCGCCGUCAACUGCAUGAACUCGCUGCGCGGCGUGGUGCCGGGUGGCGCCCGCAGGCGCGGCGCGUUCGCCGCGUCCCUCCGCCGCCUCGGACCACGGAUCGUCACCGUCGUCGAGGAGGAGGCAGACCUGGUUGCAGCCGACCCCGAGGCAUCGUCCGACGAAGGCGGCCGCAACACGGAGGAAGCGUUCUUGAAGGUGUUCGGCGAGGGCCUACGGUUCUUCUCGGCUUACAUGGAUUCGCUAGAGGAGAGCUUCCCCAAGACAAGUAACGAGAGGCUGGCAUUGGAGAGGGCAGCAGGGCGUGCCAUUGUCGACCUGGUUUCGUGCCCAGCGUCGGAGUCCAUGGAGCGGCGGGAGACAGCGGUGGCAUGGGCGCGGCGCCUUCGGUUGGCCGGGUUCUCACCGGUGCCAUUCAGCGAUGACGUAGCCGACGACGUGCGGUCACUUCUUCGCCGGUACCGGGAGGGCUGGUCGAUGCGCGAGGCCGGCACGGAUGACUCGCCGGCCGGAGCUGGCGUGUUCCUUGCGUGGAAGGAGCAGCCCCUCGUGUGGGCAAGCGCGUGGAGGCCAUGAUCGAGAUCAUCGAUCGAGCAAAGCUCACCAAUGCGCAUGCAAAGAUUGGAUGGUAGCUCUCGUGUGGCCUCAAAUCAAUGGCGCACGCAUGUAGGGUUUUGAAGCAGCCUAAGCGUAGCUAGGAGGCGACAGACAUUAAUGGCUACGUAACGUACGUACGUAUGUUGGAGGUGAUCGAUGAGGAAGGUGUGAUCGUAGUUUUAGCUCUUAGACUUCUUCGAUUUUUUUUUUUUUUGAUCAUCAUUCGCCACAAGUUCUUGGCAUUCUUAUGAUCUUGAUAAUUUGUUUCAGUAAGUUCUCUGCCCUUUGGUUU